UGUCGAACCCGCUUCUAGAUAGUUUGUCAAUUAGCUUCUGCUCCUCCUCGUGGGCCCACAUUUUCCCUAGCAAAGAAAUUCACGAGGCAGAUAAAGUAAUCUUUCCGUCGACUCCAUGAUACCACUGCAGUGUCUUGCUAGUGUCUUACCCGAGCCAUUGAUUUCCGAUAAGGCGCGCGCCUUAUCAUAUAAUUAGCAUUUUUGUCACAGUGCGUAAUCAGUGGGCAUUCUCUGGGUCCGAAAAGAGCCGCACGAUUCUUACAUAAGGCAAUUUUCCGGCCUCUUCAGGAGAAAUGCGUGAAUGCGAGUGAGAUUUUAGUGGUUUUCCUGAAGCAUUCGCGUGCCAUCAAGUGGAACAUUUCACGCACACACUUUCCAAUCGAUUUAUUUCCACUCGGAUCAUAGCGUGGUGUCAGUGGGUGGAAAAGCCACGAAAAGUGCCAAAAAGUCCAUGUUUCAUCGACCAAAUUAACACACAUUGCUAUCAGCUGAGGAAGUCCAGAAACGUGCCAAUGCUGGCGCCAAAUCGCCGGCCGAUGAUGAAAAUCUCUGGAGCUUUCUUCCAGAUUUCUGGCGCCACGGAAAGUGGAGCGCGACAAUGAGCUGAAGAAGUGGAGCUCUGGGUGGCCUAAAAUGUGAGAGCGCGCAUAGUUCGCCGAAAGUGCAGAAAAUAGCAAUUAAACUGAGAGGGAGAAGGUUGAAGAGUAUUCUUUGGAGUGGAAGCCGGAGGCCGGUCAUUAAUGAAUAAGACGAUUGGAUGGUAUGAAUCAGUUAAACUCUACUGCUUUCGCUACUCAGCCAGAGACCCACGCCUCAGAAAUAGGCACAAUCAAUGUGGUGAGCUAAGGGGAGGCUUCUUGGCUGUCGACAACUAAAACGUCUCUCGCGCGAUCGGAUCCGCGACAUUGUCAGUAUUCCCCGUUGCGUGCACUAGUGUUUUGAUUGCGCCCCUGCGAGACGCGCACAGCAAUUGCGGAGCUCCACCAGGACUUGCGGCGAGUGCGAUCGCGCCCGGGAAUUGUUGUCCUGGGGCUGUUUUUAGCGUGCGGAAGUCAGGAAGUCACCUGGGAAUUUUUUGCAAAUAAAGUGCGCAAUUCCGUGUCGCGUCUGCGACUGCCUGGACAGGUGCCAAGAUUGGGUCAGUGUGGUGAGGAUCUUGCGCGUCAAUGGACUCCCCGAGUCUCACAACAAACGUGGAAGCGCCGCAGAAGAAUGGCAUUGCCAAGGACCAGCUCGCCCUCAUCCGCUCGAGCCUGCUCAGUCCCAACGAGGUGACCUUCUGCGAUGUCUCAGACAGCAGCGGCGCCACCCCCAAGCGACGCCGACGCCUCACGUCCACGGACACUGACGACUCCAUCGCCUCCUCGGGAGAGCAGAAGCGCAAGCCGGCGAUUCCCGACGGAGGAUUCGGAUGGGUGGUGGUGUUCGCGAGCCUGAUGGUGUCUCUCAUCUCCGACGGAGUGUCCUUCUCCUUUGGGCUCAUCUACACCGAGCUGCUGACGUACUUCCGGGACUCUUCGCCGUCCAAGACGGCGUGGGUGGGGUCCCUGUUCCUGGCUGUGCCACUCCUCUGCGGCCCUAUCAUGUCCAACCUCGUGGACAAGUACGGCUGCCGCAAGAUGACCAUCAUCGGGGGACUUAUAUCCGGGCUGGGCUUCGUCCUGGCCUCCGUCUGCGAUUCCAUUGAAGGUCUCUACCUCACGUUUGGGAUAAUCGCUGGCCUGGGACUGGGCAUUGGCUAUGUCACAGCCGUGGUGUCGAUCGCCUUCUGGUUCGACAAGAGAAGGACUUUUGCCACUGGCAUUGGCGCGUCGGGAACUGGCCUGGGCACCUUCAUCUACGCCCCAUUCACACAGUGGCUCAUCGAGACAUUCGGCUGGCGAGGAGCCACUCUCAUCCUGGCAGGGACACUCUUCAACAUCUGCGUCUGCGGAUGCCUCAUGAGGGACCCAGACUGGCUCAUUGAGGAGAAUCGCCUCGAGAGCCUCAGCGAAUCCGCGUCCAACAACAACUCCAGCGUGGCUCUGGAUGAGAUUAAGAAAUUGCUGGAGACAGGGACGCCCAGAGAGGAUGUCCUGGACACACUUAUGACCAAUUACAACACCGAGGCGAAUCAGCAUGUGGCUCUGGCGGAGGAAAUGGUCUCGGGGAAGAAGUACUUGAGUGAAAUCGUCCUGCCGACGUAUCUGGAUCCGAAGGACUCCGACAUGGAAGGAAGCAUCAAAUUCGGGAGCAGAAGAUCUCUGAGGAAGACCGACAGAGAUCCGUCGAUAGACAGUGAAUUGUUGGGUGGACGACCUGAGAAGAAGGACAAGCACAUUGCCAGCAUGGAGACUCUGAAUGAGUCGGAAAAGUUGUCCUUGUUGGAUGCAAAUUACUCCCUGGAAGACUUUAAUUCCUCGAGGAUUCCUUGGGCUAUUGAGAAGAUGAACUCCAGCCGAUUGUCGCUUGAUGAGAACCUGAUGUCCACCAAUUCCGUCACGGAUGUGAACAACCACCGAAGGAGUCUUCGCGGCACAUCAUUGGAUGCCGUCUUCGAGGUGGAGACCAAGAAAGUGGAGCCAGCGAAGCCUGAAGUGGUGACAGUGAGCUCAGGAAUUCCUCUGUUAACAGUGACGAAGCCGAAAGGGAUUCGCAGUCAGGGCAAGAAGAGACACGUAGAUCCCAGAGUAUUUCCUCAUAUGCGAACAUCCAACUUCUACCGGAACAUGAGAGUGCACCGGAAUUCCAUUCACUACCGUGGCGCUCUGCUGAACACGCAUCGCUACCGCUUAAGGGCAUCUUCGUGCCCCAAUAUAUACAGGAAUUCAAUGACUACACUCGCAAAAGAAGAGGAUGAGACUUGGUAUGACAGCUUCGUGGACAUCAUAAAGUCAAUAUUCGACUUCUCCCUCUUCAAAGAUCCCAAGUUCUUCAUAUUCAAUCUCUCGUCGUUCUUCCUCUUCAUCUGGUUCAUCAUCCCGUACUUCUACAUCACGGAACACCUGAAGAAAUACAACUUUCCUGAGGAAGAUGCCGCCAAUCUGAUUGCCGUGAUUGGCAUUUUCAACACACUCGGGAUGGUUUUCCUCGGCUGGGUUGGCGAUCAACCCUGGCUCAAUGUGAACAAAGCCUACGCUUUCUGCCUCGUCCUGUGCGGAUCCUCUGUCUGCCUCAUGCCCGUCGUCGGAGACAACUACGCUGCCCUCAUAGCACUGGCGGUGCUCUUCGGCAUCACGUUCGCUAGCUGCUUCUCCUUCACACCCAUCAUCCUCGUGCGCCUCGUGGACUUGGACGAGUUCACGUGCGCCUACGGUCUCGUGUUGCUGGUGCAAGGCGUGGGAAGUCUGAUCGGACCACCCUUGGCAGGUGCAAUUUACGACUGGACGCUGAGAUGGGAUGAUUCGUUCUACGCGGCGGGAUUCUUUAUCGCCGUUUCCGGUGCUCUGGCCUACGUGACUGGCAUCCUCGUGGACCAAGAAGAUGAGGAGAACUACAGCAAUCACUAAUCCCCAGUGAACAUGAGAAUUUAUCGCACACGAAUUUCGCAAUCAAAGUCACAUGAUAACUCAUCUACUUCACUGCCGUCGUUCUUGUUGGAGUUGAAAGAAAAAAAAAUGUUUGCAAGGAAACAGCACAAAAUCACCACUCUUUAGAUCAAUACAUAAUGUUUAUACACACAAAUUUACUAAUAUAGCAUAAAUCUAUCCAUUCAGAGGAUGAAUAUUUUCGAAAUAUUUUGAGGAAUUCGUACAAAAACGUGAUAAACCUUUUUCUACGAGAGACUGAACAUCAUUAAACGUUGUUAUGUCUAUAAAGAUUUUUAGCUUUUAAACAAUCCUUAUAGAAAUGUAGAACAAUCAAAUUGUAAAGCUUAGACAGAGAACAAAAUACAUCGAUUUCUAUAGAGUAUUAGUCGAAAUGUUAAAGUCUUGAAAAUCUAUUAAAAUGAUAUCUUUUCUCUAAAAACAAUCUGUCUU